AUGAACAUGGGAAAAGAUAUCCAGAUAAGGCCCAAGGCAAAUGUUUCUUCUUACAUCCACUUUUUGCUGAAUUACAGGAACAAGUUCAAGGAGCAGCAGCCAAAUACCUACCUUGGCUUUAAAGAGUUCUCUAGAAAGUGUUCGGAAAAAUGGAGGUCCAUCUCAAAGCACGAAAAGGCCAAAUAUGAAGCUCUGGCCAAGCUCGACAAAGCCCGGUAUCAGGAAGAGAUGAUGAAUUAUGUUGGCAGGAAGAAGAAGCGGAGAAAACGGGACCCUCAAGCACCCAGACGCCCCCCAUCAUCCUUCCUGCUUUUCUGCCAAGACCACUUUGCCCGGCUGAAGAGGGAGAAUCCGAGCUGGUCAGUAGUGCAGGUGGCAAGGGCCUCAGGAAAGAUGUGGUCUGCGAAAACAGAUGCUGAAAAGCAGCCAUAUGAGCAAAGAGCAGCUCUCCUGAGAGCCAAAUACCAAGAGGAAUUGGAAAUCUACCGCAAACAAUGUAAUGCCAGGAAGGGCCUCCAAGGGUCAGCUAAGAACCAGCGCAGAAGGAAAACUGACUCGGACAAAGCUGAUGGAUCCAAUUAG